CUUCCUGAUAAACGGGUUUCAUGACACUUCAAGUCUCUGAGUACUCACAGCUUUAAUUUGAAGGAAGUCAGCUCUGGCUACUACAUUUUCAGAUCAGUGGAACUUAAGGGACUCAUGGAGAGGUCUAAUGCUACUUACCUCAUCCAGGAUAUACCCCCUCGAGUGCUGGAGGAGCUCUGCAGCUGUAUGGACUGUCUGAGUCAGUGGGAGUGGAUGCGUUUUGCUUCUCGAAUUGUUGAUGAUCAAACCAUGCUGAGAAGGAUCUCUCUUAUGGAAAGGACAGGGAACAGCAUUACUCGGGAGCUCUUGUGGUAUUGGGCUCAAAGACUAGCCACUGUGCAAAACCUACUGACUAUACUUCAGGAUCUACAGCUGUACAGAGCAAUGGAUAUUCUACACAAAUGGGUGCCUCAGUCCACAAAAACAUCUCCAUCAGACAAAAGGAAAGAGCAGCUUUCUCCUGCAGUAAAUAAGAAUAACAGAAAUGGUAAAAUGAAGACUGAGAUGGAAAUUCCAGACACCACAACUUCAGAUCUUCCCAGCAAUCCAGGGCCAAAGCCAUCUUCUCCACCUUCAUCACUGCUCAACUCUCUGCAUGGAUUUUCUGACCUGAACCUGGUGUCCCACUCACUAGAGGCGCUCAGUAUUCCACAACAAGAGUGCAACGCAUUUAUAAACGGUUCCUGUCAGCCGUGGACCAGGGAGGAGGUAGAAGCUGCCACAAACCGGUUCAGCUGUGCCAAUGUUUUACACCAAGGGGAAUUUGCUGAUGUCUUCACAGGUCGGAAGGCAAAUAAGGUGUACGCCAUAAAAAGGCUUAAAGAGAUGGAACACGAUCAGCAGAAUAGGGUGCAGUGUUUUUUCUACACCGAAGCUCAAAUCAGUUUUCGAUGCAGACACUCGAACCUUCUUGAGUUGCUGGGAUUCUGUGUGGAAGACAGAUGCCAAUGCCUUAUAUAUGAAUUCAUGGCAAAUGGAUCUCUGGAUGCUGCUUUGCAACAGAGUACCUUUCAUUUCCUUAGCUGGGACAGGCGUCUGGGUAUCGCAUACGGCAUCCUACGGGCUAUUUGUCACCUACAUGAGGCUGGAAUAUUUCAUGGAAACAUUAAAAGUUCUAAUGUGUUCUUGGAUGAGAAUUUUUCUCCAAGGCUUGGCCACUCUGGCCUUCGUUUCAGUCCUGAAAAGUUUGCCAGCUAUAGACAAGCAAAGAGCAGGGAUCUGCAGAGAUUUCAGCCAUACCUGCCUGAUCGAUUUCUGAGAUCUGGUCAACUGGAUGGACAAACAGAUAUCUUCUCUUUAGGAGUGGUCCUAGCAGAGUUACUGACUGGUUUGAGGGCCUGCGAGGAAGGCAGAACGCCUGUUUAUCUGAAAGAUUUAAUUAUGGAAGAAUCUGAGAUGGGGAAAAGUGCUGUAGAAUGCAGUGAGAAAUGGUCUGAAGAAAAAAACAAAGAACUCCAAUGUGUACAGAGAUUAAGCCAGAAAUACUUAGAUCAUAGAGCUGGCAAAAUUCCAGAAAACGCUGCGUUUUGUUUUGCCACUGCUGUCAAUUUGUGUUUGACUAAGAAAAAGCCAUUGCUAUUAGAGGUGUGUAGAAUGAUAGAGCGAGCCAAUCACCAUUACAGAGAGUGGCGUGAGGGACGAGAACAACAUAAAGGGUUCCAGAAGGAGUUAUCUACAAAUGUCCCAGAAGAAAGUGAUGACGGUUCAUCAUUUUCUAUUUGUACAGAAGGAGCCAUUUCAAACGUGCCCGCCAGUGUUUCUGAUGAAUCUCAAUUCAAACAUUCUGUUAUUCCAAAGGUCAGGAAUACCGAGGCAGCCUGCAGAGACCCAGAAUCUAUUCCAUGUGAAUUUGGAAGUUGCUAUGUCCAUGAAGCACAGGCUACAUGGGAUCAAGCAAACAGAGGUAUCAAAAACCAACAGCAUCAUGAACAGCACAAGGCUUGUGAGAAUUCUGAGAAUUCCACUCCUGAUACAGACAGUGAAUCAGUUUCAUGGGGAAUUCAAGUGAAUGAACAAAAGCGUCAGCUGAUGCUGAAUAUUUCUCUGUAUGAAGACGAGAAGCUGGAUAGUUCUGUCUUGUUUGAUUCUACCUGACAGAGAUACAAAUUUCACCUGGCAGAAAAUCUAUAUAGUGCACACUACCUCAUGUGACUCUUUUUUCCCCAGAGUGUACACAUUUGUUUGUUUUUAUAUACAUUUCUGUCAUCUUCUAAUCCAUCUGCUUCAAUACCCUCUUGUUUUCUCUCAUCAUUGUUUUGUCAUUUCUUUAGAUAUACUCCCUCUUCUAAACAUGAUUUAAACACACCUGUUCUAAAGAAAUACUCACUUGACUGUGCUUCUUCUUCCAAAUACUAUCCCCCUUUUCUUGUCAUAUACACCUCCAAGCUGCUUGUGAGAUUUGUCUGUAAUUGUAAUUGAAAUAUAUGAAUAAUUCCAGUCUGACUUCAAGUCUCUACAAUCCCUUACAAUGACCAUCUUGCAGCCAAGUCUAAUAGACAAACCUGUUUAGUUCCUAUGCUGGACUUCUCACUUGCUUUUGAUACUCUAACGUUCUCUGCUCUAUCCAUUUUUAAGUCUUUUAAUUGAAUUGGUUGGUUCUCCUAUCUGUCAUCUUUACUUUAGCGUGUCCUUCUCUGGUGCUUUUUCUAAGGACUUGAUCAUUUAAACCUCUCUGCUCUGUUGAGAUUAUCUAAGAAAUCUGCUCUGUUGGGAGUUUGUCUAAGAGUAAUGCAUGCUGCAUUACAAUAAUUAUAUAUUGUCUUGAAGAAGGCCCACAAAUGGGUCGAAACGUCGACAUCUACAAUUAAUGUGAAAUUUACUUGGAAAUAAAAUUAUACUGUUCUUAGUUUCAAUACAAGUCCUGCGAUUGCCCUCCCACAUUUAGACUAUAUAUAUAUACAUACAUACAUACAGUAGACAGUAUUGUAGGACAGGAUCCAGUGUCAAUCCUCAACAUCCCAAAUAAUGACAGCCAGCACAAGAGAUUACAAAUAUCACCAUUUAAUUGUUAAGAAAACAUAACGUUUUGGCCCCUCAAGGAGGCCUUGGUCACAUGAAGCAAGUCACAUAAGACAGGCAUUUAUAAAUUUAUAAAUAUUUGGUUUGAACUAUUCUCCAAUCAGAGCUCUAGCUACCAAUACUUCCUCAUUUUUAUUUAAUCUAAAUUAACAUUCAUUCCUUAUUCUAGAAUUAAAUAAUACAAAAGAGUUGUUGUUACACGUAUUGUCAUACCAGUAGGGGUGGUAAAAUUUGAAGUUUUUUUUUAAAGUAUAGAAUAGAAAAUUAAAAAAUAUAUAUAACAUGUAUAAGAUGUUAUGAAAAUAUUUUGUUGUCACAAAAUGAAAUGUGGGCAGAGAUAGUAAAUGCAAUGUUUUAAAAAUA